AACGCGCACCUUUGUCCCCCUUGCGGGCUGCGCCCCUCCUUCCCCCCACGGGCAUGGCGUCGCCGGACAGUAAAAUAUGCGACAUCGACAGAGCAAGGAUAGCGAAGAACAUAGUUGACUGGAAGGACCUCUCGCCGUAUCUGGGGUUGAAUGCCGCGGAAAUAAAAGAAGUAAAAGAAUCUGACAGCGGCAAUUUCCUACAACAGAAAUGCGAGGCCAUACGGAAAUGGCAGCAGAAGAACGGAGACGAUGCAACCUAUGCAGCGUUCAUCGUAGUGGCGACUGUGGCCGAGAAUAAGGAGCUGGCCGACUACGUGCGGGAACUGGUUGUGGGUGCCCGCGACGAACAACAAUGCAGUCAUACAGAAAAAGAGGGACUUUUGUCUCUCGUGAUGGCCCUUACCAAGGAGCUCAAGGAAAAGGAGACAAUGUUGCAAGCCAAGAAGCCCACCACUUUGCCUUCUAAUGUGAAAUAUAGCCUACCAAUAAACUGGAAAGAUAUCACUGGAGAUGGUACACUGCCAGUACCAAUGGAAGGUGCCCAGGCUGUGGUCAUUGGAAAGAAGGUCUACAUUGGAGGGGGUAAAAGUAGUGAAAAGAAUGUAUUGGAAUACAACGAAGGGAAGUGGCAAGUGCUCCGACCUAGUCCUCCAGUUUCAUUGUUUGGAAUGGCAGUUGUUCACAACCGACUUAUAGUAAUUGGCGGCGAAUUUAAAAAGAAUGAUAUUACGAACGAAGUGUGGGUGCGGGCAGAAGGCAAGCAGAGGGGUGACAAUUGGGACCAACCGUACCCAACGAUGAAUUUAGCUAAGGUGUCACCCUCAGCAAUUGGUUACAAGAAUUGGGUGGUUGUGGUAGGGGGGCGAGGAAAAAGCGAGGAUGGAAUAAAACCUGAAAACAGGGUCGAGGUUUUAGACACCAGCACAAAGGAAUGGUUCUGGGCGCCACCUCUAAAAAAGGAUGCGGUUCGACCUUCACUGGCAGCUGUCAAAAACAUCCUGUACAUAGCAUCUGGACGGUCUGUUGCCUGUAUAUUCUUGCCGAUCCUAGUGUCGGAUGCUAUCUCUAAAAAAGAAAACCCAUUGAUAUCAACAUCAGAGUGGCAAUUACUACCUGAUACUAAAUGUUACGACCCAUCCCUUGUGUGCUUCGACGAUAAUCUCCUGGCUGUGGGACAAUGGGAUAGAGCUGUGGAAACUAUUGCCAUGUACUUCUCCCAGACCAGGGAAUGGCUUGAGGUCGCAAACCUACCAACACCACGCCGGGGUUGCACCUGCAUCCAACAUCCAACUGAUUUGAUGGUGAUCGGGGGGAGAGAUUACAAACACAAGGAUAUUGUUACCACUGAAUUUGGUGAAUUGGAAAAUAUAUGUAAAAUGUAGAGUCAGGUUGAUAUAGAGAAUUGGCUUUGGGGUCAGCCCACCUAGUCGUUUCUUUACCUCGAUUUUUCUGUGUAGCUAUUGGGCAAGCAAGCCCUGGUUUCUGCAUUCAAAUUUUUAGCAUGGUGCGAGUGGGCAAUCGUGAGCAUCAAUUUUCACGCAUGGAAUCACGUUUAAAUUUUCACAUGUGUUUAUAGAAGCAGUAUGUCCAGUGCCUGUCACUUUUGCUCGUCAACCUACCUAGCCUUCAGUUCCCACUCUCAACGUAUGCAUGAUGUGGUAGCUGUUCAUAAGUGGAGUGCGGCAAUGAGUGUGACCAUAUAUCACAAGUACUUAGUCAAGUUAUAGGGAUGACACAGGUUGUCCUGCAUUAUGCCCAUACAUUUGAGAUUUGCAUGUUUCAUUAACUUUUGACAC